AGCCAGGUGCCUGUCUUUAUUAAAGCCCGACUCGUGCUCUGUCCCUGCCCUCCAUCCUCUCCCCGCAUCAGCCUCCGUGCCCCCGACUGCGGCUUUGCGCGGCACGCUCCUGCUUCACCAGCCCUGUCCCCUUCCCCUGCCUGGUGCCAGCGCUGUCAGCAACGCGCCAGCAGCCUGCUCUUGCUGCCAGAGAUGUCUCCAUCCCCGCGCUGCCUGCCCAGGGCCACCAAUCCCUCUCCCCGUGCACCGCGAGAGGCUUCGGGUCGCUUUGCCAGCUCCUCUCCACCCACCGACAGCAUCCCUGGGCUGGGUGGGCUCUGUGGGACCCCGAUACCAAAAAGCACUUGUGUAGCUGCUGGAUUCCUCGCUUCCUCGUCGUGACAUCACAGUGGGCAAGGAAGCUGCACAGUGACAUCACAGACCGAGGUGGUUCCUGUGCCCCCCCUAGCAAAGACAGAGAUGCCUGGUCCUCCCCUCCCUGCCGCCUCCGCUCCCCACCACACGCACCCGAACACCCUGCUGGUUUGAAUGGAGGGGCCUCGGUGAUCGCCUGGUCCCCUGCCAGUGUCACCGAGGCUGCAGAGGUUGGCACGGGGCAGGUGCCACCUGCCUACGGGACCAGGGCUGAGGGCAGUUCGGAUCCUCCCGUUCCCUGCAGUCCUGAAAAUGUCGCGGCCGCUUGGCAUCUCCGGGGUGAUGGAGAGGGCCUGCCUGGAGCCUCAAGACCUGGAAGAUGAUGAUGAUGACAACGAUGAUGACAACGACGAUUACAGGUACGCCUGCCACUCCAUGCAUCCUCCGCCCCAGUGCAAGAGCCGCGACAGCUCUGGUGACAGUCAGCUGGAGGAUCCGGGUGGGCCAGUCAGCAUCCCGUUCCCCUUAAAGCCCAGACACUCCUGCAUGGUGAAAGAUGGCGAGAAAAACAGAAUGUACGCCAAGAGGCUGGCCAGGCACGCUCUGGAGCUCGAGGAGGACGCUCAGGAGUUUCAGGAGCCAUUUCACAAAGAGAAGGAAAUGUCUGGCAGCUUGUCGGAGGAGGAGGACGACAGCUGGACCAGGACCUACCACCUCCCCGUGCACCGAAGGCCGCACGUGUCCCGCGCUGCCAGCUCAUCUCCGUGCAGCCCCUACGACUCGUUCCAGCACGGCACCAGCAAGCACCUGGGGACGGAUGCGUUCGCCCUGUGGGCCCACGCCAGCGACCCGUACCUCGCCUACCCAGAGCACGGCAGGGCAGCAGAGCCCCACAUGCAGCAGGAGGAGGCCGUCGGGGACAGGGAGCUCCCCUCCCUGCAGCUGACCUACAAAGUGCUCUGGGACGAGAACAACGUGCUCAGGAGGAUGGUCAGGAGCAUGCAGAGCUCCUUGGAGAGCCAGGCGCGCACGGUGCGCAGCCUGGAGAGGCGGCUGAAGGCCAGCCUGGUCAAAGAGGAGAGAGAGGCCCAAGGGCUGCAGUCCCUCGUCCAGCAGGCCGAGCGGAACCUCCAGCUCAUGACCCAGCGGGCUCUGGAGGCGGAAGGCCACGUGGAGAGGCUGAAGCAGGAGAUGAUCGUUCUCCAGGGGGAGCUGGAGACCUCCAAGGUGGAGAACGAAAACUUGAGAGCAGGCCAGACCACGGACCUGGGGGCGGUGAAGCACAACAUAGACUUUGCCUUGCAGAGCCUCCACAAGAUAAUAUCGGGUGCGAACUUGUCCAUCAGACAGCUGGUGUCUGGAGCAGAGUCGCUGAACUUUGUUGCUGAGCUCCUUAAGUCUACAGGCAAAAUUUCGGACGCUGAAGAAGAGAAAGACCUAUGAACAAAAUGCUGUGGGGGUCCCGUGGGGGAGCAUGCAGACUGAGGCCACGUGUGUCCCACCACAGCCGACACUAAAAACGUUUGCUCUCA